AUGCUCUUUUUCUCUGCUUUGGCUCGUCCCUUCAUGGUUGUUGCUACCUGCCUCGCAGCAGUUGGUAGGGCGAAUCCCUUCCUAGUCACUGAACCGCGGGAAGGCUCUAGUAUCUCCUUGGCAUCCCGCGCAACGCCAGCGGCCCCGCACUGGGUAAUUUACAGCGAUAAAUGGGUGUCCGGCGAGAAUGGUCCGCCCGCCGUCAGCGACAUCGAGGGUUACAGCGUUUUCGCGCUUUCAUUCUGGCUUAUAUCUGGUCCCGCAGACCAAGCACUGGAAUGGACAACCCUCGACGCGGCCACUCGCUCUUCCAUCCAUUCUUCUUACGCCGCCGCAGGCAUCAGUCUCAUUGUAUCGGCCUUUGGUUCCACUGAUGCCCCGACAAGCAGCGGUGCCGAUCCCACCACAACCGCAAACAAUUUAGCUGCGUUCGUGCAAGAGUACGGGCUUGAUGGCGUCGAUGUCGAUUACGAGGAUUUCAAUGCUAUGAACGCCCAGGACGGCUCCGCCGAAAACUGGCUGUCAACGUUUACCCAGGCUCUUCGCGCGCAGUUGCCAGAGGGCCAAUAUAUAAUUACCCAUGCGCCGGUCGCACCUUGGUUCUCUCCCGUAUAUGCCAGCGGUGCCUACUUGAAAGUAGACCAGACGGUCGGGUCUUUGAUUGAUUGGUACAACGUUCAAUUCUAUAACCAGGGCACCAGCGAAUACACUACCUGCACCGGACUCCUAGAAACAUCUUCUAGUACUUGGCCUUCCACUGCGUUAUUUCAGAUUGCUGCGUCAGGUGUAUCGUUAGAUAAGCUUGUCAUUGGUAAGCCUGCCACCACCGGUGACGCCAGCAACGGGUAUAUGGAUCCGUCGACGCUUGCCGGUUGUCUGAGCACGGCCAAGGCACAAGGUUGGGAUGCGGGUGUCAUGGUCUGGGAGUACCCCGACGCCGCGGCGUCUUGGAUCGCGACCGUUCGCUCGGUUGCGUUCCCCGAAUGAACGAAGAAUACUCCCCUAGAUGUUUGAUUAAUUGUCUCUACGAAUUUUUAUGGUGGAGCCAUUCGCACGGACUAGGCAGGACAUUACUUUUAAACGGACAAUGGACCGUCGGACAUCUUUUUAUACCUAUCCGUUAUGUAUGUUGCUUCGUCGUUUAUUCAAG